GAUACCCUAAUGGCGCCCCAUUUAUUGCUCCAUCACCAAGCUGUGGAAUGCCCAUGCCUUCGGUCCAAAGUUUGGCGAGCAAUUACCCUUUAGAGGCUACGGGAAUCUCUUGGGUUCCAGAAUCCAUUCAGGAUAUUUUUAGAUACUCUGAUAAUAUGCAUAUUGGGAGCAGUCAACUCCAGAACAGUCCCAUUAAUAAUCAAAUCAAGAACAGUGUUAUUGCUGCUUCUGAUGACCUAGCUAAGCAAAAUGAAUGGUGGGAUUUGGGCAGCGAGGAUUGGAAGGAUCUUCUGAAUGACCCAGUUGGACCAGAAACUCAGCUGAAGGUACCUUUGCAUUCUGGGGAGCGGAGCAUUAUGAGCAGUCCAUCACCUUCAAUCAAUGGAGCACCACCUAAGCCACGCAUGCGGUGGACCCCAGAACUCCAUGAACGCUUUGUAGAUGCUGUUAAACAGCUCGGUGGAAGCGAAAAGGCCACUCCUAAAGGAGUUCUGAAGCUUAUGAAGGUGGAAGGAUUGACUAUAUACCAUGUGAAAAGCCACCUCCAGAAGUAUAGAACAGCUCGGUACCGGCCAGAUUCAUUAGAAGAAAAGCAGGUAUAUCCUCUUGUUGAAAAGGCAUCAUUGGACCUGAAAACUGGAAUGGAGCUUACAGAAGCCUUGCGGUUGCAGAUGGAGGUUCAGAAACGACUUCACGAACAACUCGAGAUUCAGAGGAACCUGCAACUACGAAUUGAAGAACAAGGGAGAUGUCUCCAGUUGAUGUUUGAACAGCAAUACAAAGUUGGAUUGGAUAAGCUCAAGCCGCCGGCUUCUGAUCAAGAUGAGCAAACCGCCGAAUAUUGUUGCACAACACCACCCUCUCCUAAAAGUUCAGCCUUUGAGAAGGAGAGGGAUGAGAAAGGAAAUUCCUCUUCCACCACCAUUGCUAAAGAGGUAAAGCUUACAGCGGUGGCCGAUCAGCAGAGGGUGGAGGACAAUGGCUUUCUUCGAGCAAAGCCUCCCGACGACAGGCGCACAGAAGGUGAUCUUAAAGAGCAUAUAACUGAAUGAUGGAUGAGUAGCUGGGGAUGAGGAGUUGAUCAAUAAGAUCAUCAGUAAAUUGGCAACAGAGUUUCCUUCACAGAAGAUGAAAUGGUUAAAACUUGAUGUUUAUGAUGGCCUCUUCUUGUUUCAGUGAAAUGAUGGUGGUCUUUUUAUUCUUUUCAUUUUUUUUUGAGAGAAGUGUUUGUACAAUAAUUUUUCUAUGGUGGAUGUAAGUGUUUUGUAGCAAGUGAUUUUGUUGUUCUUCC